AUGACCCGUCGCAACGCGAUACCUCCUGGUUCUUCGACCACUCAGACUAUCAGCAAUGCCAAUUUCUCCACAAACAGCAACCAUGCAAUCGAUUGUGCUCCGCGGGUGACAGACGGAGAAUGGCCAGAACCCUCGUCUCAUUCUCCCUCCAGUCCCGCUUCCAUACCGCCGUCUCCUCCAGGUAGUCUGCUCGACCUGAUGGCCGGAACAACGCACUUAAUCAACGCCUCCCUCCUCCUACCAGGCCGCGGCAAGCCUCAGCACAACAUGUCUAUCAUUCUCCAAGGCGGGACCAUAACUUCGAUCCAGCCCACAGCGUCCGUGCCACCACCGUUCAAAAACCUCCCGACCACGACUGUCCCCGUCUUGAUGCCCGGGCUGUGGGACUGUCACAUCCACCUCCUGGGCAGCAAGACAUUCAACUUCGCCGAGAUCGCCACUCAGUCGACGGCGCUAGCGGGUGCCAGGAUCGCACGGAACGUGCAUGACAUCCUGAUGAGCGGAUUCACCUCGGUCCGCGAACUGGCAGGCUACGGGCUCGAAGUCUCCAAGGCGAUCGAAGAAGGUACGCUCGUCGGGCCAAACAUAUACUCUUCGGGCGCGGCGAUAUCCCAAACCGCAGGCCAUGGGGAUGUCUUCGACCUGCCCUCGGGGUUCGUCGACUCCCUCUUCGGGGUGAGGGACACCCAAUCAAACGCGAUGUCCCCGGGUAUGGGACCGAUGAUUAUCGCCGACGGGGUCGACGAGUGUCGGCGCGCUGUUCGGCUCCUGAUCCGACGAGGCGCCAAAUGCAUCAAGGUAUUCGCGAGCGGUGGCGUGCUGAGCAUCGCAGACGACCCUCUGCGGCAACAAUUCUCGCUCGACGAGUUGAAAGUCAUUGUGGAAGAGGCCCAGCGCGCCGGGAGGGUCGUCGGCGCGCACUGCCACGGCAAAGAUGGGAUCAUGGCCGCACUGCACGCGGGCGUGCACACCAUCGAACACGGCACGUACAUGGACAAGGAAUGCGUCGAGCUCAUGAAGAAGCAAGGGACCGUGUACGUGCCGACGCGGACGAUCGUGAAAGUCGGCGUCGACCACCCGGAACUCAUGUCGCCGGAGUCGUACCGGAAGAUGCUGGAGACGGCACGACACCACCGCGACGCGUACCGCCUAGCCGUGAAAUCGGGCGUCAAGAUCGCCCUGGGCACCGACUUGGGCAUCAGCACCCCGGCGACGCAUCCGCUCGCGCACGGCCGGAGCGGCGGCGAACUCGCCUACGCCGUGCGCGACGGCGGCAUGGCGCCCCUGCAGGCCAUCGAAGCAGCCACGGCCAUGGGGCCCGAAGUGCUCGGCGGCCUCGGCAUGGCGCCCAAGAGCGGCAGGAUUGAAGCCGGGUACGACGCCGAUCUGGUCGCAUUAAUCGCCGACCCCUUGGAGAACAUGGACUUGUUCAAGGACCCGGACAAUAUCACGCACGUGUGGAAAGGUGGCCGCCUGUUCAAGAGUCCCCUUCCUCUCUGA